AGACUUGUUGUUCAGUUAGAAAUUUUUAAUUCAUGGAUUAGGGACAGCAAAUUGAAAAUGAAAUUGUUUCAAUCAAGACUAAAUAAUGACCAUUUGGAAAAAGACAAGCAGAUCUUUUGCCUCCAUCCACUGUCAAAUCUUCAAGUUACAACCCAGUAACCAGAAAUCCUGAUCUGCCUGCUAACAAUGGCUGAUCCAACUUCUCUUCUGCAUCAACCCAAUAGAGAAGAAGAUCCAGAAACUCCAAGCAACAAUCUCCACCGCUCCUUGGACCAAAUAAUUGAGCAGAGUGAAGCAAGUUUUGGUUGGAACCAAGUCUUGCAAUCCAUCCUUGUUUCCUUGGCAUCACUCUUUGAUGGAACACAAACCUUCAUCAGUGUCUACACAGAUGCCACACCCACCUGGCACUGCACCAGUGACAGCACAGCCUGCAACACAAGCUCAGACAUCUGCGAUCUGUCUACUUCUGACUGGGCUUGGGAUUCAGUUUCCUCCAAGACAAUCAUAUCAGAUUGGAACCUCCAAUGCUCUAGCUCGUUCAUCACUGGCCUUCCAGCCUCGUCUUUCUUCAUGGGUGGCGUGGAGUCUCCACGAUGGCUCUUCAUGAAUGGCCGCGGAGAAGAAGCCAUAACAGUACUGAAGAAAUCUGCUGCGUCGAAGCCAAUCAUUAGUGAAUUGAACUCAUUGUUGUGUGCAGAAGGCUUGCGCUCUAAGGCAGCAGAAUCUACAAAAUCCAGUGAUCCAUACAAGUCAAUGAAGGAGUUGUUUGCCAAGAAAUGGGCUAUGAAGAGAACACUAGUAGUCAUGGUGCUUGGUUUCGGCAUUGGAAUGGUCUACUACGGUAUGCCACUAGGGGUUGGAAACUUAGGCUUCAAUAUCUAUCUAAGUGUUAUGUUCAAUGCUUUGUUAGAGAUACCUUCAUAUCCACUCACAUUGAUCAUACUAGAAAAAUGGAGCAGGAAAUUCUCAGUGCUUUGGUUUUGUUUGGUAAGUGGGAUUUGUGGUGUGGUAUGUGCUGUGGUGGGUGACAAGCAAAAAGUGAUUAGAAUUGUGCUGGAGUUGGCUUCAUUCUUUUGUUCACGCACAGCUUGGAAUCUGAUUUCUAUGUUUACAGUGGAGUUGUUCCCAACUUGUGUGAGGAACUCUGCUACAUCUUUGUUGAGGCAGUCAUAUAUUUUGAGUGCUGUGUUUAGUUCAAUGUUGGUUUCAGUUGGGAGCAGCAGUGGGUUUCUUUCAUAUGGAGUUUUUGGAGUGGCUAUAUUUGUGUCUGGUUUUUUUGUGGCUUUUUUGCCAGACACUAGAGGUGGAACACUGUGUGAUACCAUGGAUGAACAAGAAAGAAAAGAGAAUAUGAUUUUGGGAUGA